AUGACUGUUUCGGUCGAGGUCUCAAUUGUUGAGUUGUCCGACAACAAAUUUCAGUUACCUUUGAUUUGGAGAUUCCAUUUUGAGAUCAGUAAACCACUGGCAUUGGUGGACGGGCGUGAUUCAGGACCAGGUCAGAAAUCCACAGAAACAGACAUUGAGACUAUAAAAGAAAUAUAUAAAUGCAAACUCUGCAAAUUUACGUCAGUGGAUAUGGAUAGGUAUAGGAUACAUUUAAAAAUGUUACACUGCCCGUACUGUGACGUUGUUAAGACAGGCAAACAUUUUGAAACCCACGUUAUUUCCAAACAUAGGGUACAAAACAAUAUCGAAAAAAAGAUUCAGUUUUCAGACAAGACGAUUAAGCGUUAUUUAAAGUUAAAGAAGUAUGUUUGUAUGCAAUGUAGUUACAAUACAACAUGUCACAAAGAGUUGGUUAAACAUAAGAAAGAACAUUGGGAGGAUUUACCUUGUCCUUACUGUGAAUACACUACAAAGGAGAAGUUGGCCUUUCAAAAACACGUGUGUAGAAUGCACAAGGAUCAAAAUGAAAUUGAAAAGAAAGUUGAAAUCACCGUUAAAAUGUAUACGUGCCAUAAUUGUGGUUACGCUCAUCCAGAGUUGGGGCAUUACAAAUCGCAUAUUAAAACAUGCAAAAAAUCGAAAUUUGAAUGCCCUGAAUGCUUUUAUACCACAAGUAAUAUAUCAGAACUUCACACUCAUAUAAGAGAUCAUAAUAAACAACAUUUGAUAUGCACCUAUUGCCUCUCCAAAGCAAAAUGUCGCCGUUUGAUUUAUGGCAAAGCAAAAUUCUGCCCAUAUUGCACCUAUUCAACUAAAAGCAAUAGCUGCAUUCAAAUGCAUGUUUAUAACAAGCAUAAGCAGCAAAAUAAGGUGGAGAAGAAGUUUUUGAUCACACAAAAAGUUGUAAAAUGUAAAUUUUGUUCAUAUAAUACAAUAAAUAAAAGUACCUUGAAUUCCCAUGAGAAGAUUUGUAAGGAGGUUCAACCAGAUUACAUAUUAUUUCAGCAAAAUGUUGAGAUGUGUUUUAAGGAGCUCUUAGAACCUCAGCACAUCUUCUGGGCAUCGACUCUAAUAGCUGGUCUAUUAAAUUUUGAGGAAUGCUCUCCCAUUCUUCUUGAAUCAUUAUUGCCAGCUCUUGAAGGAAAGUCUCCAACACUGUGUUGCGAACCUUACUCAGAAUUGGAGAAGGCGAUGCCAAGACAAAAAGAUAAUGAACCGUUUAUGAUAUGGCUUUUUGAUGAAAGUGGAAACAUACAUAAGAAACUUAAUUCUGACAUCGAAGAUUCCAUUAGACAUUGUUCUUAUUGUCCUUUUACAAGCAAAUGUCAGGAUACACUUAAUACUCAUAUCAAAAUACAUAAAAUUAAGUCUUGCCCAUACUGUAAAUAUACUAAUAAUUCAAACGUACGAUUACAAUGGCAUGUAUAUUCAAAGCAUAAGCGACAGAAUGAUUCAGAGAAUAAAGUUAUAAUAACAGCCAAAAUUUUAAAUUGUAAAUUUUGUCUGUAUAGUACUUUAGCUAAAAGUAACCUUAAUAAACACGAGAAGUGUUGUGAAAAAAAUCCCCAAUCCGAUGAAAUAGGAAAUAAAAUGAAAUAUAUCAAACGAAACAUAAAAAGGCACUCCAAAUUUAAAUGGUUUUGCCCCUACUGCAAACAUUCUAACAUCCAAUGGCAUACCCAUUCGAACCAGGGGUCUUCAAACGAUGCAGGGAGUAAAUUUAGUGGUUCUUUAAAAGUUUUUAAAUGUAACUUUUGUUUUUCGACUACACUGAGUAAAAGUUGGCUGGAGAGGCACGAAAAAGCACAGCAGAGUAAAAUGGAGAAUGACGUUAAAGAUUCUCAAGACUGCCCUAUAGUUACUUCCAAAAAAUUUCCUAUCAAAUCAAAAACAAAAGGAGAAAAUCCCAGACAAACACGAAUGAAAAAACAUACAUACCGUUGUGAGAAGUGUGGUUAUGGUGUAUCAAAGUUAAAAACAUAUAUAGCGCACAUAAAAAGGCAGUGCAAAGAACCACAAAAAAUAAAAACAAACGUGGCAUUGCAAGCCCAUGUGUUUAGUAAACAUAGGGGACUUAACGAUAUCGAAAAAAAAGUCGAGUUCACCUACAAAAUAUUAAAUUGCAGUAACUGUACAUAUGCUACCAUGGUAACAGCUACGUAUAAAAAACACGUUCAAACCUGUUUAGGUCCCAAAAUACAACCAGACAUCCAAUGUCCUUACUGUAAAUACCAAACCAAAGAUAGACAGGCGUUUCAGAGACACGUGUUUCGUUUACACAACGAUCAAAACGAAAUAGAAAAAAAAGUAAAUAUCACCAUUAAAAUUUAUCAUUGUCCCAAAUGUGAGUACAGGCAACCGGACUCGGGACAAUUUCGUAAACAUGUCGAAACAUGUUGUUCCAUGGACAUAAUGCUACUGUGUCCUGAGUGUUUGUUUAGUACUGAAGAUCAACUGGAAUAUAUUACUCACAUUCAAAGUCACUCUAAUGACAAGGAAUUAAAAUGUUUUUACACCAAUACGAUUAUUAAAACCGAAAAUGAUUAA